AUGCCAUGUGUGGUGCAGGCCAGGCACGAUUCGGGGAAGCAGAUCGAGCACACUGCUUCCAGCGGGGUCGCCCGCUUCGGGCCGCUGCACUUCGAGCGCCGGGCCCGAUUCGAGGCGGCCGACGAAGACAAGCAGUCCCGGCUGCGCUAUCAGAAUCUGCAGAACGAUGAAGAUUUAGCCCAGCCUUCUCCGGAACCAGAUGGGGGAGUCAGCACCAGGGAUUCUGGCCGAACAUCCAUCCGCAGCUCCCAGUGGUCUUUUAGUACCAUCAGCAGCACCACCCAGCGCUCCUACAAUGCCUGCUGCAGCUGGACCCAACACCCUCUAAUCCAGAAGAACUGCCGGGUGGUGCUGGCCUCCUUCCUGCUCCUGCUGCUGGGGCUGGUGCUGAUCAUGGUCGGCGUGGGACUGGAGGUGGCCCCCUCUCCAGGUGUCUCCAGCGCCAUCUUCUUCGUGCCGGGCUUCCUGUUGCUGAUCCCCGGAGUCUACCACGUGAUCUUCAUCUACUGCGCAGUCAAGGGCCACCAGGGCUUCCAGUUUUUCUACCUGCCCUACUUCGAGAAGUAAGCUGCGGGCAGACCGCCAGACACCUGCGAUUCAAGCCCCAGGACACUGCCUCGCGUCCAUGGGGCGCUCCUCGGACCCAAGAUCCAUUCCACUCGCCCCAUCUCGAGGUAGAAGGCCCUCCAGGAGUGUUGCAAUGCCCAGGCCUUUCGGGAGUUUGCUCAGGAAGUUUGGGGCAUGCAGGCCCCAGCUGAGAGCGCUGUCCUUCACCUGCUAUGUGCCUUAACUUAUUCUCCGGCCUUGGGGCAACUGGGUUGACGUUAUUUUGUGCUAAUAAAAGGAUAGUUAAUUCCAGCAAGGGCAACUACUCUCUUGUUCCACCACUCCUGGCCCAGCCCCUUCCAUAAAGGUGGGAAAAGGUCUGACCCUGGGAGCGAAAGAUGUCAAGCACCACCGACCUGGACCUGGGACAGUCCCAUGCCCUGAUGCUCCUAGACUUGUCCAAGGUCCUGACACACUGGGGACAAAGCUCAGGCAGGAAGAGGGGUUUCAACUUCCCCUACUCCUAGUCCUGCAGAUUCAGGGAGCCCUGUCUGCCUAGAAAGACAGCCCCAAUACCUGGUGGCCCUGAACAAGGACACUCAUAAAUGACGCAGGCCUGGGGCCUGGAGGCUGCUAUCCUGAUUGCAGCCUGGCUCUGGGGCCCCGGGCUGCCACAGCCAGCCCUGAAUGUGGGCCGUGAGGAUGCGGUGGCCUGCCCCUCCCCCACUGCCCUACUUCCCAGGAGAGAUUGAGAGGAUCAGGGAGCAGAGGGCAUGGCAAGUAGGGCCUCCGGGAGACAGCCUCAGUGAUCGAAGACACUUGGAGCCAAAGAACGUCAAGGACAGAUCAUUUUGAAUUUUUGGAAAAUCAGAGUACCACAGAAUCUCAGGAACCAAGAAAUUG